AGCCCGUUAUUGGAAAAUGAAUUGGGGGAAGGUAGCGCAAAAAUCGAAGGCUAGAGUUUGUUUAAGCAUAUCAUGAACAAAUAGAUCUAUCUGUAUAUUUAAAAAAAACUUGCAUUGGUUCUGGUAGAAAGUGAAAGCCUCCGCUGAUUAUGUGAGGCCCGAACUUCUAAGAUACAGUGGUAUGCGCUAAAUAAGUUGUAUAUAUAAGAGAAAGGGAAUAUUUUGGAUAUUCGAGCAGACAACAGUUUUGUUAUUCUGAAUUAUAAGGAAUAAGGAAUUAAUAUUUUUCACAUAUCAAUUUUAUUCAUUCUCUCAAGGACCCAGUUGUGUUUGGAAUAUGAAAAGCCGAUAGAAAACUUGUUAUGAACUUUAAUUUGGUCAGUUUUUUGUAUUUCUAAUGAGGACAUUUUAAAGGUGAAAUUCCAAGGACCUUACACGGGAUACUUCAGCUGCAUAAUCAUCUAUCCGCUUUUUGGAGUCAAGCGCCCAAACACAAGCUGCCUCAACAACUCUACGGGAACACCUUUUGAUCGACGAUGUCGCCAAAUACUUUCACGGAGAUCUAACAAAUUAAAUAAUCCGUUUAUAAGUUGAAGGAUUAAUUAAAUAAAGCGGCAACCUUUUUCGACUGGAGCAGUUCUCUAAUGAAUAAUUAUGGCCUCUUCACCUCAACCGGAGGAGAGACAAUCACCAACUCAGGUAGCAGGACGGAGGGCGUACAUCCCCUCCUGGCUGUUCAGAUUACCUCCCACGCGUGAACAGCGAAUGAUGGAUAAAAUCAUUCCGACACCCCAGGAGAGGAAGUCUCUGAGGGAACAGGCACGCGCUCUCCAGCGCGGAAACUCGCCCCAGCAGAACUUCAUUAAGUCAGUGGAAGAUUUUGGGAGUAAUAAAACGAUCAAAGCGCGACCAGGGUACGCCAUUUUGUCGUUGGAUACAAAUAGAACAUCUUUCGAGCAUGAAGAAAAAGAGCAAGAAUACCAGGACUUACGAAAACUAUUAUUCGAUCCAAAACUGAAAUCUAAAUCCGAUUUAGACGCACAAACAAUUGGAUCAAAAUCCAUAGGAAAUCGACGCAAAAACCGCGGGAAAUCGUCUACAACAAACUCAACGGCGAUCACAUCAACAACACGUGACUCAAGGGAAACGGGAGGGAAUCAGAAUUUGUCUGUGAAGGACUUUUUACAAACAAGCGGGGUGGGACUCGAUCAUUUCCAGAAACAUUUACUAUGCGUGAAGAAAUUGGCAAAGCGCUACCGGAAGAAUAGACGACCGCACGGAGUGCCGGGAAUUACUGUGCAGGUGUUCGAUUAAGUGUCACGUGAUUAAUCCGUCAGAUGGCGUGUCCAUGGAGUUUCUUCCAGAGUUUAGUUUUAAUUGAAUUCACUGCAUGAAAUGUUGAGUUUCUGUUGUGUUUAUUGAUUUGUGUCGUUCAUUUUCCUUUAAAGUUUGAUAUCAUUUUUUUGAAAUGUUAUAGAUUCGUUGUAAUGAAAUAUACUGUCAAGUCUAUUCUAGCUGAAUUAUUUAUAUGCCAAUUGAUCGGAUUAAAUCAUAUAAAUUCACAAUUCAGAAACGAUAGUUUCCUUUUUAUCAAUAUCUUGAUUUUGACCUUUGAAUUCACUGUUAUCAUGCAUGAUUUAAUCAAUAUAUAGUUGAAGUUUGUUAUUUGCAUCUUAUAUUUCCUAACCAGUUUUAAGAUUAAUAAUCUAAGAAAACAUAGACAUACAGGAUAGACAGACGAUAUAAAUAUUGAACAACAUGUAAUCACCGACCAAACAGGUCACGGAUAAGACAGGUCAGCGAAUGGACAGGUCAGAAAAUGGACAGGUCGGCGAAUGGACAGGUCAGAAAAUGGACAGGUCGGCGAAUGGACAGGUCAGAAAAUGGACAGGUCAGAAAAUGGACAGGUCACAUAUCAGACAUGACACGAAUUAGACAGCUAGGUCAUAAAAGGUCAUCUGAUCAUGAUGCAUUGGAAAUAAGUGGUUGAUAUAGAAAUAGAACCUUCCUUUGGAGCGAGUUUUCUUUAGUGCAAGUAAUUUCAUAUAUUCUGGUUGCCAAUGGUUUGAUGUUGCUCAUUCAAUCGUCCCCCUGUUUGUUCAAUUCAUAUACAGUACAGGUACGAUACACAUACUAUGUAGUGUGGAUCGUUACUUUUUAUGUUUAACAAUCCGUCAUGCGAGUUGGAUUUGUAUCUGCUUUAUUUAUUUAUUUAUUUUUUUAUUUAUUGAUGUUUAAAAAUACAUUCUGUAUGUCCAUAAAAAUGCUUUCUGAAUGGAUGGCUUGAUUACUAGUA